AUGAUAGCUGAGGUAAAAAGGAAAAAAAGACGUCGUCAUAACACAUUAGCAUUGAAAAAUGAGAAUGAACAAUUACGUGGCACAGUUCGUAAAUUAGAAAGUGAAAAUACACGGCUACAAUUAUUAUCAACAUCAGAUUCGAAUCCAUCACCAGAUAAAAAUAAUAGCAAAGAAAAUAUACCACCUAAUUCCUCAUCUCGAUUGUUAUUCAGACGUUUAAGCUUUGGAGCAGGUAAACGUGCCACUUUACAUCUGAUCGGUCAAAAAAGUGACCUUUCCAGGGAUACAAUAACACAACGUUUUGAAGUUGAAACUGGAAUCGAUAUAGGUUAUUCUACAUUUACAAGAUAUGCCCCAGAUUUUAUACUUAAGCCAAAUGUGGAUUCAUGGGGAAAUGAUACAAAUAUACGUUUAUUUAUCUAUGAUAAAAAUGAUAUCGAUAAUGUGAAAGAACAAAUUCCAACAGUGAAAACUAUUAAAAGAAUAGUGAGUAUGCAUGAAUUAAUUGGAGAGAAGAAUGGUCAACUAUACAGUAAAGAUAUAUCAAGUGAUACAGAAAAAUUAUUAAAAAUUAACCUUUAA